GAGUUCUCUCUCUCUCAUUGUGCUAAUGUCUAUUUUGCAAGUGGCUGACAGUAAGGGCAGGCUCUAGUUCCAUUCUUUGCGCAAGAUUAUCUCUUCUUCUCACAAUGCGUAGGUCACACGAGUAAAAGAGUCCAUCGUGGCUACUUUCCAGGACUCGUCCGUGCGACUUCACCUAGCAUCUGGCAUUUACAUGGUGAAAUGGAGGCGACACAUAUAUUCAAUAUUCAAUGGAAUGGGGAGUGCAUCAUUUUCAUAAUACCGAAUUCAAUCGUCAGCGACAGCACGCAAAGAUGUUGGUUUCGACCCCACCUACUUAUUCUUGGCAAGAGCUUAAGUCUCAACAGCAAUGGUGAACUUUCUCACGAGGCCGUCCAUGCCCGUAGCACCAUCUGCGAAAAAGAUCCAUUCUACACCCUACCUGAGAGCAGUCACCUGACACCUUUCUUUCUAGUGCCUUGUCUUAUUAUAUUCUCAUUUAUUCUGAUAAGACUUCCCGCCAUCACUUCAUUUUA